AUGAGGAGAACAUCGUCUUAGUAAAACAUAGAAGGAAGAAGAGAUUCAAAUCAUGUAGUCGGUCUCAUGAGUGAGAAUGAGAAACUUCUUAAGUAAAACGAAUCCUUAAUGAAAGAAUUAAGUCUCAUUAAAAAUGAUUUUUAAAGAAUGUCUCAGAAUGGUUUAAAAACAGUUAAAAAUGGACGCAGAAAAAGUUGUGAAAUUACAAGUGAAAUGAUCAAUUAACAAUAAAUUAAAUCUCUAGAAGAAGAACUUUAAAAUACUUAUAUUAGAUUAAGCACAUUAAAAUAAGAAUUCUCAAUUAAAACUACUUAAUAUUAAAAUCAAAUUACAAAACAAGCAAAUUUAAUUACUUAAUUAUAAAAAGAGAAUGAUAUGUUGAAGAAUAAGUUUGAAAAUAAAGAGAAUUAAAUUUUAGACUUUAAGUAAGGAUAUUAAGAGAAUUAUUUAGAAAAAUCAGGUCUUAAAAUUAUAAAUGAAAAUCAAAAAAUUAAAUAAUUAUCUGAAAGUAACAUUAAGUUAACAAAAUUACUUGAAGAUAGAUUGGUUUAAUUAGAAUAAUUAACAAAAACUUUGAAUUAGAAGAACUAAGAACAUAUGAAAGAAAUUGAAAAAUAUGAAUCGCUAUUAAAAGAAAAAGCACAUAAUACCUCAUAAUCACAAGGAAAAUGUCUUAAUGCUCUAUAAAAAAAAAUAGAAAUUCUCGAAAAAGAUAAAGCUCGAUUAUAAAGUGAAUUAUCUAAAACAAGGGAUUUAAAUUCAAAAGAAAAAUAAAUAUUAUUAAAAGAGAAGCAAAAUAUAAAUUUAGAAAAAGAGAAAUUGCAUUCGGAUAUGUCAGUAAUUUAGUAAUAAUUAACUGAUUAUUAUAAUUAAUUAUAAUUAUGUGGUUAGCAAUUAAAAUAGAAAGAUGAAAGUAUAAAAUAAUUUUAAUAAUCUGAGAAUUAUUAGGGAUAUUAAAAUUUAUAGUAUGAAAAUUAGCAAUAAAAGUAAUUGAUAACAUAAUUACAAGUUCAAAUAGGGAAUCUUCAAUAAACUAAUAAAGCCUUGCAAGAGGAAUUAUUAUUUUUAAAGACAACAGCUCCCUUGAGUAAUAGAACAAAUUUGAAGACUUAUUUUGGAGUAGAUUCUCCAUUUAAAAAUAUAGCAGAUGAAUAAAAUAAGUAUAAUGUUACUUAAAGUAAGAAAUAUAUUGAUAUGUAAUUUAGAAACAAGAACAUAGAGUUCAUUAGAUUAAAGAGGGAGAUCUUAAGAGAAAUUUAGAAGGAUAGAAUGA